AUGCCACCCCAAAUCCCUGCCACCCCAAAUCCCUGCCACCCCAAACUCGCUGCCACCCCGAACUGGCUGCCACACCGAACUGGCUGCCACCCCGAACUGGCUGCCACCCCGAACUGGCUGCCACCCCGAACUGGCUGCCACCCCGAACUGGCUGCCACCCCGAACUGGCUGCCACCCCGAACUGGCUGCCACCCCGAACUGGCUGCCACACCGAACUGGCUGCCACCCCGAACUGGCUGCCACCCCGAACUGGCUGCCACCCCGAACUGGCUGCCACCCCGAACUGGCUGCCACCCCGAACUGGCUGCCACCCCGAACUGGCUGCCACCCCGAACUGGCUGCCACCCCGAACUGGCUGCCACCCCGAACUGGCUGCCACCCCGAACUGGCUGCCACCCCAAACUGGCUGCCACCACCAACUGGCUGCCACCCCCAACUGGCUGCCACCCCCAACUGGCUGCCACCCCCAACUGGCUGCCACCCCCAACUGGCUGCCACCCCCAACUGGCUGCCACCCCAAACUGGCUGCCACCCCAAACUGGCUGCCACCCCAAACUGGCUGCCACCCCAAACUGGCUGCCACCCCACACUGGCUGCCACCCCACACUGGCUGCCACCCCACACUGGCUGCCACCCCACACUGGCUGCCACCCCACACUGGCUGCCACCCCAAACUCCGUGCCACCCCAAACUCCCUGCCACCCCAAAUUAGACACUUGA